GCCGGGAAGGCGCGCGGGGCAGGCCGGGAGUGCCCGCAGCGAGCUCGGGGCGGCGGGGCGGCAGCGGCGGGGCGGCAGCGGCGGGAUGUGGUACGAGAUCCUGCCCGGCAUGGCCAUCAUGGGCAUCUGCCUCAGCAUCCCCGGCCUCUCCACCCUCUACAUGCACCGCUGGUGCAACGGCGGCAAGGAGAAGAGGAUCGCCCGGUUCCCCUACCAGUGGACCCUGAUGGAGAGGGACAGGCGGAUCUCGGGCACCAACAAGUACUACGUGUCCAAGGGCCUGGAGAACAUAGACUAAAGUAGCGGCACUUUGAAGAAUCCACCUAUCUAUAUAAAAAUGAUUUAACUCUAUAGUAAAGAUAUACAUCUAUUCAA